AUCAUUAAAUUGCGUGUGCCUAGUCGUGAACUUUUCAAGUUAUUGCCUUGUUUUUCUUCAAUAAUUAUUAACUUUUUGACGACCAGCAAUGUCUGGAAAGCUGAACAAAUUCGAGACACCCAGCUCGGCAAGCUCAGAUAGGUAAAUCGUGUGGGAUAACCUUAGUUUUUGUUUGUUUGGAUUGCACAGCUGUCUUGCGUCAACAGUUUUUUUCGCUUCCGAAGGUUUUCGUGUGUGAUUGACCGCGAGGUGGAGAACCCUGUAUUAUUAUGUGCAAGUGACUCAGUGAGAACGGCGAUAUUCGGCGAGAGUGCAGUAAAAUCGUGCGGCCAGCGGCCUGGAAUCAUAACCUCAGCGUGGACACAUUGUGUUUUAUUUUUAGACAUUUAUUUAGUUCAUUGGCAGCUUACUUUACGCUACGUGAACCGGGCACGUGCUCGGACUGAUACAUUUCCAUAACUCGACCUUUAAAGUUUACUCUAGCGUAUGAAAAUUACUCAAAAUUAUAAAUAUGGCACAAGGUUCUGUAAUCUUCGCGAAUCCUGACUCAGAACUGGCGCUGGAAUUAAACGAGCAAGUGUUCCUGGACGAGGAUGACUAUACGCGCGCCCCAGCUUCGCCCACUACAGUUCCUAACGUCAGGCCCUACCGUCCACCUUCCACAGGUUCAAACAUCAUGAAGUCGCCUCGAGCGCGCCGCGUUAGAACAACGUCCAUGUCACAGUCCAACAAGCGCACAACCGCAGAGAGCAUACUGCACGCGGACAGACGGACAAUAUACACCGCGGGCAGGCCGCCCUGGUACAACUGCACCGGCGGACAGGAGGUCGAACCUUUUGUUAUUGGUAUAUGCGGUGCGAGCGCAUCUGGCAAGACAACAGUGGCGGCCAAAAUCAUAGAAUCUCUCAACAUACCCUGGGUCACCAUAGUCAGUAUGGACUCAUUCUAUAAGGUGUUAAAUGAGAAACAACACCACCUGGCGACGCGCAACGAAUACAACUUCGAUCACCCGGAUGCGUUCGACAUCGAACUCCUCAUUUCUGUACUGCAGCGGCUCAAAGAGGGCAAGAAGGUCGAGGUUCCCAUCUACAACUAUGUCACGCACUCCAGGGAAAACCGCACUAAAACAAUGUACGGCGCAAACGUAAUAAUCUUCGAAGGUAUACUGGCGUUCUACAACACCGAUGUGUUGAAGCUGCUCGAUAUGAAAGUCUUCGUCGACACCGACGCCGACAUCCGACUGGCCAGACGACUGAGAAGGGACAUCGUUCAACGCGGUCGCGACUUAGAGGGCGUGUUAAAGCAGUACAUGACGCACGUAAAGCCGGCAUACCAGAGCUAUAUAGCGCCCAGUAUGGCACACGCUGAUAUCAUCGUGCCUCGCGGUGGAGAAAACAAAGUUGCGAUAUCGCUAAUUGUUCAACACGUGCACAAACAACUGCAGCUGCGCGGUUUCAAAGUGCGAGAAAAGCUAGCCAUCGCCCACAUCGGCCAACCCGUACCUGACUCUUUGUUCGUACUUAAAGAUACGCCACAAGUACAAGGCCUACACACAUUCAUCAGGAACAAAGACACGCCGCGGGACGAGUUUAUAUUCUACUCGAAGCGACUGAUGCGACUCGUCAUAGAGUUUGCUCUGUCCUUACUGCCUUACUCUGAGCACGCUGUCGACACUCCUCAGGGCUUCACUUACACGGGUCGUAAAUGCGACGUGGAGAAGAUCUGCGGUGUGUCCAUACUGCGCGCGGGAGAAACCAUGGAGCAAGCGGUGUGUGACGUUUGUAAAGACAUACGCAUUGGCAAGAUACUCAUACAGACCAACCAGCAGACUGACGAACCUGAGCUAUACUACCUACGCUUGCCUAAGGACAUCAAAGACUACCGCGUCAUCUUAAUGGACGCCACAGUGGCCACGGGCGCGGCGGCCAUCAUGGCCAUCCGCGUAUUAUUGGACCACGAUGUGCCCGAAGAGAACAUCAGUCUCGUGUCUUUGCUUAUGGCGGAAAUCGGUGUGCACUCCAUAGCCUACGCUUUUCCCAAGGUCAAGAUCGUGACGUCAGCGCUAGACCCAGAGAUCAACGAGAAAUUCUACGUUCUGCCCGGAAUAGGCAACUUCGGCGACCGAUACUUUGGCACCGAACCGAGUGACGACGAGUGAGCGAGACGCAUAUAAACCUUGUCGCGCGAGUGAGCGAGACAUAUUUACGAGUACUUAC